AUGGACUUAGACUUGGCAGAGUCCGAUCUGGCGAGAGGAAGAAAGAAUGCCCCGAAUCCUAGUAAAGGCAAGAUCCUACCCCUAAAACCCUCAGGAAGAUCGGCCUCACACAGGCCACAGUUGCGAGACAGAAAUUUCAUGAUGAAAGACUUUCCUCAAGGAGAAAAACAGGUGCUACCUAGCCCACACCUACUUAGAAAUGAACCCUGUCGGUCGACUACGGCUGUGAUUCCCUUCGGCUUGGACUCCGCUUUGACAUCCGAAAGCACCAACCUACUUUCGAAACAAAAAGAGGAGUUACCGGCUGCUAUCAGGAAACAGGUAGAAAGACGGAAAGACUUUAAGGCGGGGGAGCGGAUGAUAAGAACUUCCCCCGAAAAUGAGCAGGGACUUGCAACUGCAACAUCCGUAGCUUCUAAAAUCAAGCCUUUCACUUAUAGGGAAGGUUUGCAUCAUUCCUACUUGAUAGAUCACCACUUUCUUCAUUUCGCUUUGUUUGGUUAUUGGAAUUUGGUGAAGAAAGAAACUAUAUAUGUCCAAUCUCUAGUGAUGGUGGGACCAACCAAGAUGUAUGUCGUCCAACCCGACCGUUCACUCUUUCUUCCCGACCUAUUUGACUCUCUGGCCGCAUGGAUCGGUAUUGACCAUAUAAUAAAAGAAGAUCUUGGUCCAUGGAGUCCCAAGAAGGUUUGCCGGUUCAAGAUCCGGAGUGAAGCUCAAGCCCUAAGACUGGACUUAUUGGGGGACGAUGAAGCUUAUCCAGAAGACAAGGAUAGCCAGCCUGUCCUUUUAAGCUUCAGCCCGAUGCAUUCCCCAGAUAAAUCUCCUCUGGCCCCUGCAAAGAACGCAUUUUCUCAGCCACAGAGAAGAAAAGCCUUGAAAUUCAUUCUCCAGCUUCCACAUCAACCGAUCCAAAAAAGGAGGGCAAAGGAGGAGAAUCCACUGGCUCUUUCCUUUCGUCCCGGUCGUUCUGGGGGCAGUUGGAGAGGGCCUUGGCUUACCCAGUUUAGGAGAGGUUCUCUAGGAAAGGAAUUCAAAGUCAAAUGGUUUCGAGUCUCCGAACAGCCCGACCCACAAGGAAUCGGGAGAAGACUCCGUCGACUCUUUCUAGAAGAUUUUAAUAAGCUCAGGCGGAUUCGGAGGAGGGCAUGGCUCAUUCACUUAUUGGGUCAGCAUUUGAACUCGUUGGCUAAGCCCUUGAAGCCCUUUCUUUCAUGGAUGGCCGAAUUUUUACUAAUUCGGAAAGAUUCCUUCACUUCUCGCCCGAGAGAAAAGAAAGUAGGCCAAGCCGCUAGCCCAAAAGAAAAGAUCAGUUCUGACAGGCAGACUCCACUGAAAAUGCGAUGGCGCCGGAUCGGAUAUGGAUGGGCUCGGUCCUACACUCGACGUCAGGAGGACCAGCUUCACUAUUUUUCCGGCCGGAUGGAAGACUUACCCAAGAUGGAUGCAACUUUGCUUCUCGGCUCGCUCCAAGCCUUCUCAUUCCAUUACUCGUUCACAUUUAGCUACCAUUCAUUGCCAACCCAACCAAUCGAUGUGGAAGACUUCGCGGAAUAA